GCCAGAGAAGGCUAAACAACAUUCCCUAUCGAUCACGUCUAGUCAUUUAUCGCGUUCUCUCUCUUAUGUCUUUGUGCAGUAUUAACCUCUACGGUCAGGGAUAUGGUGUGUGAACCACAGGUGAACAGGUACUGACGUCUCGAGGAUGUUCAGUGGAUGACUGUGAUGUAAUAAAGUUCCAAAUGAGCUGGAGCUAUAGCAAGUAAUAAUACUAUAUAGAAGAUGGCAGGAAUUUCUGACACGAAGGACCCACUGUUUACCCAUGACACAUCAGAUGACCAUCGUGCCAAAGAUAACCAUGCGCUGCAGCUGGUAGAUUGUCACGAUGACAGUCAUCAGUCUUCAGUCAUCUCAAUCCCAGGUGCUGUUGAGACUGCACUGACCCACACACCUGAGCCACAAGUGCCAGAUGUUCCUCCGUCCUCUCUUGUGCCAAGUUCUGCAGAGGAGACUAACGUACAAACAAAUAUUAUUGAAAAAGGGGACGCAACAGAUGCUAAGUCUGGGCCUAUCAGUGUUGGAGAUGGGGAUAUUGCAGCCACUAGCAACUGUGUUACUGGGGGUCCUCGCAUGUGCCACAGUCGAGGCACCAGCCAAGUUUCCUCCUGUGAACCAUCUGUUGCCCGCAUAUCAUGUCGGGACGUGUGUCACAGUCGUGGAGCCAGCACAGAUGGAUCAAUAAUGGAUACUUAUGGAUCUCUAGCUACAGACAGCCGCAGAGGCACCUAUAGUGAUGCUGGAACACUGCCUAUUGGCUCAACAAUAAUAGAAGAGAAUCCUCAAGGCUGGGACAAGGAAUCUGAUGAAAAGAAACUUCCUGAGAGUGAGAACUCGCAUGCAAAAAAUUCACAAAGAUUGAUCUUGUGUGGUUGUUGCAAGUCUUUCUUGAGGAGUCAUCAAGAGCUUCCAGAGCACCCAACAGUGGCAGAAAUUAUCAAGUAUUCCUUCACUUGCCCUCCUCAUGGAAAAGUGGGGGAUUGUUUGUUCUGGGUGGUGGCAGGCUUGGCGCUCUGGUGUUGCCUCAUCUCCAUUACUGGGGACUUGGCUCUUCCUGGUGGCAACUUCUUCAGCCUCCUUGUGCUUUAUGUGACAGCAAUGUUGGCUGGCAAGUUUACCGGCUUUAUGGGCUUGCCACCUUUACUCGGUAGCCUUGUGGUGGGCAUAUUGUUUAGCAGUGUACCAGGGCUAAAUGCUGUCGGACGUAAUAUUGAUGUCUAUUGGUCGGCAGCAUUGAGGAACUUUGCCCUUAUUGUUAUUUUAAUACGUGCUGGAUUAGGACUAGAUCCUGUUGCCUUAAAGAAACUAAGCUGUACUGUGCUGCGAUUGGCUUUCCUUCCUUGUUUAGUAGAAGCAACAUCUACGGGCAUUGCAUCCAAGUUCUUACUCGGUCUUCCAUGGAGUUGGAGUAUUAUGCUUGGGUUUAUUGUUUCAGCAGUUUCACCAGCAGUGGUGGUUCCGAGCUUAUUAAAGUUAAGUGAUCGAGGUUAUGGGGUGGAGCAAGGAAUCCCAACUUUGAUCAUUGCAGCCGCUAGCAUUGAUGAUGUUUUGGCAAUUACUGGCUUCAGUGUCAUGUUAGGACUGACAUUUGCUGAGGGUUCAUUAGUUUGGACAAUACUUAAAGGUCCAGUUGAGAUACUUGCUGGUAUUGUAUAUGGUAUUGUCUUUGGGUUAUUAUGUUGGAUCGUGCCUUCCAGUGACAAGAAGAGUCGAGCAUUUUACAAGUUCAUCAUCGUUUUUAUUCUUGGCUCUUUGGGCAUGUUUGGGAGUCAAAAGGUGGGAUUGGGGAGUUCUGGACCAAUAGCAGUACUAGCAUUUGCCUUCAUUGCUGGGUUAGGUUGGCGCAGACCUGGCAACGAGGACCCUAAAGUGAGUGACUACUACCGUAAUGUGUGGCAGAUUUUCCAGCCGAUGCUCUUUGCUUUGAUUGGAACUGAGAUUGAUAUUUCAGCAAUAGAUCCUGAUACUAUUGGCUGGGGGCUGCUGACAUUGUUCAUAUGCCUCACCUUAAGAGUAGCAACAUCAUUUGUUGUGGUGAUGGGAGCUGCCUUUACCAUUUGGGAGCGUUUGUUCAUUGCGAUUGCAUGGCUUCCAAAAGCUACUGUUCAGGCUGCCAUUGGCUCUCAAGCUCUAGAUUAUGUGCGACUGCAUGAUGGUGAAGAUGUUGAUAUUAUACGAGGGGAACAGAUUGUAACCAUAGCUGUGAUGGUGAUACUGGUGACUGCUCCCAUAGGAGCUAUAGCGAUCAGACUCACCGGCCCAAAGUUCCUUGCGAAAAAGUUGCCAACUAGAACCUUAAACGAUCCAGAAACUACUGUGUAGGCAUGUGCCUGCCCAGUGAAAGUUGAAAUGUUGUUGUUGACAAGACAGCAUGAUUAUUAGCUUUCCAGUAAUGAUGACCCACUUAAUGCAGUAUUGGUAGUUUGCGUGUCUGGGAUGUGCUAUUACAGUGCAUCAUUGUGUUCGUGCAAUUUGGAAAGUUUACAACAUUAUCUACACUAAAAUAAAAUCACAGGAGAGUUGAAUUAUUUUGGGGGGAUUUUGUAAUAUGUGAUUUAUUUAAUGUAUGGUUUUUUCUUAGAUUGGUUCAGUUUGGAGUUUUAUUAAAAACCUAUAUUUUUCCUAGCCACUUUUUCUUUUGAAAAUGGUCUAUUAAAGCCUUAUAACAGUCAGUCAGGUAACAUAAUGUACAUCCAGUCCCAACAUUUAGAGAUAGCAUCCAUUUCCCUACUGGUAUAAUGUAUGCUUAAGUAUUCGUGUCAGUAAGCUAUCUUUUGUAUCCUUAACUUCAACUGUUACAGAGAAUGCAUAUUUACUUAAAUUUAAUGCUAUAAAUGACAAUUAUUCAUUAAAUAAUGCAUAUAAUUUUGCUCAUGUCAGACAUGAGAUUUAUUUCUUAAAAUUGUGUAAAAGUUUCAAAUGAUAUCAAAUGAGUUUGGCUGUUUUUUAAAAUUAUCUUUGAUUAUUAGUUAAUUUUAAGCAAACUGAUUUACCCGAGAUUUUGGAUAGAUCCAACACUGGUUCCUACACUCAUUAUCUAUAGAAGUAUACGUCAUAUAAUAUUUAUUCAUAACAUAUAAAAGACAGAAAUAACAGUAAUGUUUUGUCCUGUGCAUAUAUUUGUCAAAAGAUACAGUGACCAUAUUAAGUAACCUAAGUAUUCCAGGAAUAUGUAUAAGGCAAGACUUAUUUUACACGAGUCUCAUGUUGUACAGUCUGGUUCAUUCUUGACUCACAAUUGGGAAUUCUGGGUUCGAAUCCCAGGCAGGACAGAAAUAGUUGGGCAUGUUUCCUAUCACCUAAUGCAUCUGCUCACUUAGCAGUAAAUAGGUACCCAGCUCAACUUGUUGUGAGGUUGCAUCCUGGUAAGGGUCGGUAGUUCAACCUUGCAGGGUGACCUUGAUAUCAGCAUAACAUACACACACAAAUCACAAUAGCAUGAUAUAUCAAAUGAACAAAUCCACAAGGGCCAUGAUGAGAAUUCGAACUUAUAUCCAGGAUGAUCCCAGACGCACCUUAGUCGAUUGUGCCACGA